CAUGUCUGUAUUUGAGCUUCAAGUAGCUCUUUUUCACAGCACCUGCUCUUCCUUUUCCCCCUAUCUCCUAUAGCCGGCGGAACAAAAAUGGCCUUUAUCAAAGUCCAGAAGACGAGGCCUUACUUUAAGCGUUUCCAGGUUAAAUUCAAGAGAAGGAGAGAGGGAAAGACUGAUUAUAGAGCCAGGAACAGGCUCAUCAAUCAGGACAAAAAUAAGUACAACACUCCGAAAUACCGUUUCGUUGUCCGAUUUACUAACAAGGACAUAAUUGCACAAAUUGUGUCUGCUAGCAUUGCUGGUGACAUGGUUCUUGCUUCUGCGUAUGCAAGCGAGUUGCCUCAUUUUGGACUUAAAGUUGGACUGACAAACUAUGCUGCUGCAUACAGUACCGGACUUCUCUUGGCAAGACGAGUUCUAAAGAAGCUUGAAAUGGACGAAGAGUAUCAGGGAAAUCUCGAUGUCAACGGGGAGGAUUACUCUGUUGAACCUGCUGAAAGCAGGAGGCCUUUCCGUGCUCUCUUGGAUGUUGGCCUUCUAAGAACUACCACAGGGAACCGUGUUUUUGGUGCUCUCAAGGGUGCAUUGGAUGGUGGGAUUGACAUCCCUCAUAGCGAGAAGAGGUUUGCUGGAUUCAGCAAGGAUUCUAAGCAGCUCGAUGCUGAGGUUCACCGCAAAUAUAUCUAUGGUGGCCAUGUUGCUGCAUAUAUGAAUACAUUGACGGAAGAUGAACCUGAGAAAUAUCAGUCACAGUUUAGCUUGUACAUCAAGUCGGGUCUUGAGGCGGACAAUCUUGAGGAGAUGUACAAAAAGGUUCAUGCUGCCAUCCGUGCAGAUCCAAGCCCAAAGAAGUCUGGGAAGCAACCUCCCAAGCAGCACAAGAGGUACAACCUCAAGAAGCUUACUUAUGACGAGAGGAAAGCUAGGUUGAUCGAGAGACUCAAUGCUUUGAACGCAGCUGGUGGAAAUGAUGAUUCUGAAGACGAUGAUUAGUGAACUUGCAGAAUAAGAAUUUUGAGUUCUUGUUGCCUUGUGGUUUUCGAUUAAUAUUGUUUUUUAUUUUUUCUACUAGGUAGAAACCUCAGUUUUGCAUGCUUAGUAGAAUGAGACUUAUCAGUUUGACAGUGUAUGGGAUUAUAUUUGCUUCACGCAUUUAUUCCAUUGAGUUUAAGUUGUCAUCCGGAUAUAAGAAGUAUUUUCUCUUUUUCAAAAUUGUUCUGAAAAUAGUUUUUGGUU